UUCAGACUGUGCUAUUGUAUUUUACACGUUUCUUAUAUCUUCUAAUAUCAUUAAAAUGUCUGGACGAAGCAGUGAUAGUAAAUCAAAAGGAAAGAUUACUAUUAAAUCACGAUCUCUCCGAGCUGGUUUACAAUUUCCUGUUGGCCGUAUCCAUCGACUUUUAAGGAAGGGUAAUUAUGCCGAACGUGUAGGUGCUGGUGCACCUGUAUACCUGGCUGCAGUAUUAGAAUAUCUUGCCGCAGAAGUUUUAGAAUUGACUGGAAAUGCAGCGCGUGAUAAUAAAAAAACCAGAAUAGUUCCGAGGCAUGUACAACUUGCCAUACGUCACGAUGAAGAAUUGAACAAAGUACUAUCUGGUGUAACUAUCGCUCAAGGGGGUGUAUUGCCGAACAUUCAAAGUGUUUUAUUACCAAAAAAGACGGAGAAGAAAGCAUAAUCUAUUAUGCGAUUUUAAACGGCCCUUUUUAGGGCCAAA